AUGAACCAUGCUGGAGCCGAGGGGGGUGAGAAGAAGGCUGGGGACCCCUCGGAGCUGGAAUGGGCCAUCCAGACGCUGGUGAAGAACUAUGAAAACUAUGCCAGCAAGGCCUUACUUUCCAGGAAAGAGAAUGGGAUCAGCCAAAAGCAUUUCCGGACCAUGCUGAGCCACGAACUCAACCACAUGUUGACGGAAACCGAGAACAAGAAAGCUGCUAACAAACUGAUCCGUGAUCUGGACAAGGAUCGGGACAGAAAGAUCAAUUUCGACGAGUACUGGAGCUUGGUUAGCGAUAUCGUCCAGGGCAUGAUCCCACAGCAGUAAGAGAGGGUGAAGUUCACUGAACCAGAAGCCUGCGGGAGAAACAACCACCAGCAAAAGGCAGCCACUACCACCGAAGGUCCCCCCUGUAGCCCUCACGGCUCUCCCCAAAUUCCGGGAACUUUUUUGCACAUUUUGGCAGGGAGAGGGGAGUUUCCGCAAUUUGCGCAAACUCCCGAGCGAUUUGUGCAAGUCCUGCGAACUUGCGCAAAUCCAGCCGAAUAUGUGCAAAUCCAGCAGGGUUUGGGGAAAUCCAUCAGAAUUUGCACGAACCCAGCCGAAUAUGUGCAAACAACUCAGAAAUUUGCAAAUCGCAGAACCUCCCCCCUCCAAAUACACAAAAUUCCCAGAAAAUCCAUGAACAGACCCGACUCAGUUCAGAUCGAGUUGGGCACCACAGCAGGAACUGAAAUUAAAUCCAGGGGGCCAGGCCUAGGAAAACCCAACAAAGUCCAUCCCUCAAACGGAUUUCUCUGACAUCUCUGUCCCCUGCCGGCUAGGCUGCACAUGA